UGACCGUGAAGGGGCCGCGGGUUUCCUGUUAGGCUGAAAGUUGGAUGAGAGCUGUCCGCCCGGCGUCUGCAAAACUCCGGUAAUUGUGUAUCUCUCCUGCAGGAGUGAUGGAGGCCUGUAUGAUGAAGCCAGAGGUCAAAAGGAAGCCAAAACCGCCUAAACCUCCUCCAAAGCCUUCUGAGGCAAAAGCAAAUGAGCCAGAGAGAGCUGAGAGCCCCGUUCCUGUGGUGCCUCGUCGGCCCACCGAUGCUGAACUGAGUCACACCCAGCACAGACUGAAAAGAGCAGCCGCCUCAAGCGACCAGAGAAAUGGAGAAACCGAAGCGAAACAGUCAGAAACUCCUGUUGUUCCACCCAGACGCGCACAAAGGGAACUAAAUGCCACAACCAGACAGAGCCAGCACAGGAGGGUCCCAUCUGAUCCGACAAAGAGCUCCAGUGAAGCUGCUGUAGAUGAAACAGAUUUUAAACAGAAUAAUCCCUCCGUCCUCACCGGAAUCUUCCGGCGAAACCCAAAAGAAAAGAUGCCAACCUUUACAAGCUACAUGAUCCCCACUUCUGAUGUUGAGGAGAAAACUGAUGACGCUGCAGCCAAACAAGCUCCAAGCAACAAACCGGGCGGUCUGACAGGAUUAAUGAAAGGGUUGCAGUUUAAGUCGUCACCAAAGGCCAGUAGAGACCCGAGUCCAGAUCCCAGUGCAGAAGAAACCGGGUCAGAGAGGGAACAACCUGCUGAGAAAAACGAUCAGGAGAAGAAUGCAGAACCCAAACAGGACAAAGGAGGUCGGCUUGCUGGAAUUUUCUGGAAAUCAGCCAAAGACAGUUCAUCUUGUCCAACCCAGACGGCCAGUAAAGAAGACAGUGGUCCUGAAGAUGUCGAGGAAAAGGAGAAAACAUCAGAGAAAAAACAUGAAAAAGGGGGGCUCUUCAACAUCCUGAAAAAGUCCAACAAGUCAGGAGAUGAGGCCUCUGCACAGGAGAACCUGAGUGCUCAGAGCGAGCUGUCGGCCAGCAGCGACAGCCUUUCUGAACAGGGCAAGGAAAAAGGAGGAAUAUUCAGCGGGAUGUUCAGGAGGUCUCCCAAACCAGCAGAGACUGACCAGGACAAAAAGUCUCUUUCUGGCGAUCUGUCCGGCAGUUCUGACAGUCUGACUGAGAAUCGCUCAAAGGAAAAAGGAUUUUUUAGCGGGAUCCUUCGCAAAUCGCCCAAGAUUGUUGGAGAGGGAGCAGCUGAGCAGGAUGAAGAGUCGGAGCUGACGGCCAGCGAUGAGAAUCUGUCUGAGAAGAGCGGCCCAAAAGAAAAAGGAGGCGUUUUCAGCUCGAUGUUUAAGAAAUCUCCAAAACCGUCUGAAGGUCCCCGACUGGAGGAGGGCACAGAGUCUCUGCAUAGCGAGUUUAGUGAAAGCAGCGAAAACCUGUCGGAGAAUAAGGAGAAAGGGGGUUUGUUCAGUGGACUCCGCAGAAAGACCCCAAAAUCAACCACCGAGGAGAAUCUUCUGGCUCAUGGAGAUGUUUCAGGAAGUACUGACAGUCUGUCUGAUGCAGCCAAUUCAAAGGAAAAAGGAAGCAUAUUUAGCGGGAUAUUCAAGAAGCCUCCUAAAUCGUCAGACGCUGCUCAAUCUGAUGAGGAUGGGCUGUCUGACUGCGAGCUCUCAGCCAGCAAUGAGAAUUUAUCUGAGAACAAACAGGAGAAAGGUAAAGGUUUAUUCAGCGGACUCCUUAAAAAAACUCCCAAAGCAUCAGGAGAAAGGACCGAAGCCCCGGACGGAGAAGAAGAGCAGCAGCUGUGUGCCAGCAGUGAAGAUCUGUCUGAGAACCCCAGCACCAAGGAGAAAAACAUUUUCAGCAACAUGUUUAAGAAGCCGCAGAAGCCAGCAGAGGGCGCCACAGCCGAGCCGGAGCUGGCAGCUGAAAACCAGCUGAAGGGCAGCAGUGAGAAUCUGACAGAAACAACCGGCCAGAAGGAGAAAAAAGGAGGCCUGGGGGGAAUAUUUAAAAGAUCCUCAAGUUUUGAAAACCUGUUGGACGAGGACAAAAAUAUUUUCAGUGGGAUUUUCAAGAAAAGUCCAAAACCAGCCGAUGAGGAAUCAAGUGAAGCAGGCGAGGGCAACAACUUAUCCUCCAGUUCUGAAAAUCUGUUGGAGGCAAACACCACAAAGGAGAAAACAGGAGGAUUUGCAGGAAUCUUUAAAAAGUCACCCAAACCAGCUCCUCGAUCGAUCGCUACUCAGGACCCCCUCAGUGACUCAAACCAGCUGUCGGGCAGCUGUGACAGCCUCAACGAAUUCGGAAAGGACGAUGUCUCAGCCCAGAAUCAACUGUCUGCUAGUAAAGAGGAUCUGUCAGAGUCCACGAACAACUCAAAGGAGAAAAACAUGGGGUUUGCUGGGAUGUUCAGACGGACGCCCAAAACAUCGGAGAAGCAGGAGGGCGAGGACACAGAGGCACCGGCGGGAGGUGGGCUGAGACGCAGGAGGACGAUAAAGAAGAAAAGACGAGUUGUGUCUUUCCGGAUCAAGAAAACUCUUCCCAAAAUCCCCAAAAUCGGUCAGGCUUCACAGAGUCCAGAAAAGAUGCCGAUCAUUGAGGAGAGCGUUGAGCUGCAGGAUCUGAAUGCCCCGCAGCAGGAGAGCACCGUGGAGAUCCAGACGGUGCAGAUGGCGGCUUUUCCGAGUGAAGAAAACCCUGCUGAACCCACCCCGGAGAGCGACGAGCUGAUGGAGUGGUGGAACACAGUGAAAGGUUGGACUGAGUGGACUGAGAGCUCCAAUUUCCAGGAAGAUGAUGAGGAAAUGGCGAUGGAGCAGGCGGCGGAUCGAGUCUACAUGGCCGCCCGUCUGUUUGUGCGUCUUUUCAACCAGCGGGGGGCGUCCUUGCAGCAGCGCAUCCUGGAGCUUCUGUCUUUGGCCGACGCCGCCGACCAGUUCCACAAGAGGACGGUGACGGCGGCGGUGGGCGGAGGCGUGGCCAGCGUGGCGGGCAGCGUGGCCACCAUCACCGGGCUCAUCCUGGCCCCUUUCACCUUCGGGGCCUCCAUCAUAGUCACAGCGGUGGGGAUCAGCGUGGCCACGGCCGGCAGCAUCGCGUCGGCCACGGCCAACAUCACCGACACGGUGCACUCCAACAUGGACCGCAAAAAGGUGGAGAAGAUGAUCCAGGGCUACCAGGAGGAGAUCAAAGACAUCAGGGAGUGUUUGGAGUUUGUUCAGGGGGGGGGGGGGGGCUUUGUCACUAGAGAGGGAAAAAAACAGGAAGGUAUGGACACCCUACAGGAGUGGGAUUUUGAGAAGUACUCUCAGAGUGCUGCCAAAAAGGCCAUGAACCACAACAUCAAGCACGUGAUGAAGGAGGGAGGCCGGGCGGGAAAAGCCCUGAUGAUCAACACCGACAAGCUCAUCAGCACCGUGCAGGUUCUGGGCGCCGCGGGCGGCGCCGCCAAGGCCGCUCAGGCCAUCAGCGUCACCACAGGCGUCAUGUCCGCCCUCUUCUUGGCUCUGGACGUUUUCUUCCUCGCCAAGGACUCCCACGAGCUCCGAAAGGGCGCCAAAACCAAGUUUGCUGGCAAGAUCAGAGAGGUGUGCAAAGACCUCCAGGACGGCCUCCUGGAGCUGAACAAGGUGAAGACGCAGCUGCAGAAGACCAUGGACGGCAUCGAGGUGGAGGAGUACGAGGAGAUCGAGGAGGUGGAGGUCGAGGUGGACGACGAUUUGGAGUCUGACCCAAAGAAGCUGGCUGAGCUGGAGCAGGAGCUGGACCUCCUGGAGGAGAAGCUGGACAAGAAGGAGGAGGUGGAGCCGCAGAAGAAAAAAGAGACGGAGAAGGGACUUUUCAAACUGAAGAAGGACAAAAAGGAGGAGAAGAGCACGAAGGAGAAAGGAGAGCAGGAGGAAAAGAAGGAGAAACAGGAGAAAACGGAAACCAAGGCAGAGGAAGGAGGGAAGCUACAGAAGAUUCCCGACGAGAAGCAGAAGCAGAAAAAUGACACAAGUAUCAAAAGCAGCAAAGAGAUUAUAGCAGGAGAGUCUCAGAAAGGAACCAAGAGGGAGAAAGAAAGUGAGAACCGUCUGGCUGCUGAAAAAGACAAGAAACAGGAGAGUAAGCACGAAAAGGCCAAAGAAGACUCUGGAGCAAAGAGAAUGGCUGUCUGGAAGGAGAAGGAGAACAAUAAGAAGGAGAAGGAAGAAGCUCAGAGCAGAUCAGGAGAUUCAAAACAGGAUGACCGGAGUUCAAAAUCCCAGGCAGCGCGGGAGAAGAAGGAAAGCGAGAGGAAAAGAAGCAGCCGGGAGGAGGGAGGGGGGAUAAAAAUGGAGGGGAAACAAGAGCAGGGGGUGGAAGGUGAGCGUACGAGGAGGCACAGCAGCAGCAGGAGCAGCAAAGACGGAGAGAGAGGAGACAGAAAUAAAGUGAGAGAGCCAGAUGAGGAGAGGAAGAGCCGCCACAAAGACAGAGGGGACAGAUCGGAGAGCUGGGGGAGAAAAGGAGAGGAGGAGAGGGGAGUAAAAGACUGGAGAGCAGAGAUGGUGAGGAGCAGAGAGGAGAAACAAGGAAGCAAGGGGACAGACAGCGAGCAUCAAGGAAGCACAAGGAGGAAGAAGGAGUCCCACCGGGGUCCCGAGGAGGCGACGAGGAGGGAGACGGACAGGGAAUCGGAGAGGAGUCACCACAGGAGGGACGAGGAGCACAGGGAGAGGGAAGGGGGGAGACAGGGCAGCAGGGUGGAGAGCGCCAGGAGGGUGUUUGAGACAGCAGGAGGGGAGGAGGAGGAGAGGCCCGGGAGGAAGGGCAGCGACAGGGAGCACCGGCCCAGCCGGAGAGGAUCCCGCCUCCAGUCAGACGCGCUCCGGGAGGAGGGCCUGAACAUUUAGCCGAGGAGGCGCCUUCAGCACUGCCCGCCAGGCCCGACGGACUCCACCAGGAGCAUCAGGUUUGGCAACAAACGCUCACUGAUGUCUUUAGCCAUCCGGUAGAGCUCAUAAAGGGAGACAUUUACACCAAAAUAUCUGCCGACAUGUUGAAAACCAUCUCAGUUUACGAUCCACUGGCCCGGUUCAUCUUCUCUGAGGAGGUUUAUCUGAACACACAGAGCUCCUCAUGAGGGGAGGGGCCCAAAUAACCCCAAUAAUACAGCUCGUUAGGUCCAUCCAUCACAGAAAAGGCUGAGACGUAGUAAAAUGAACACUAAAUGUGCAACAGAUAAUAAGUCUUUCAGAUGGUUUAAUCCAAAGAUUUUUAGCUCUUUUUUUUCUAAUUUUUUAUUUAAAACAGGUUAAUUACAUUUUUUAUAGUUAUCAUUAAACUAUCUAAAAGAGUAAACCAAAUCUGCCUUAGGUUGACAGGGUAGAACAGAGACUGAUUUAGAAAUCUGCUCCUCUUACAAGUCACGUUCUUAAAGGCCUUUGCUGUAUGAAUUUUAAAUAAAUAUUAAAUACGAUUGUCACCAUCAGUAAUAGAUUAAGGAGUUCCUAAAGCUGUUUAUUGUUUUUUAUCAAAACAAUAAUUUUUCCGAUUACUUUUUUGCCACAAAGCUGCUAAAAACUACAGGUUUAUUUUCUGUGGAGUGCGGUUGACGCCAUUCUAAACAUAAUGAUGAUUUUCAUAUUUUUACAGGCUCCUGCCUUUUAACCUCCAUGUCUAAAAGCUCAGGCCGGGCCCCUGAAACGUGUCAGUCUGUUACUGGGCUGGGGUUUCUAAGGGCCUUUCUCUCUGGAAGCAUCUUCUUGUUUUUCUUUGAAACGGUCCGUUUGAAGGGGCCGUUUUGUUUCCGGGUCGUCGUGCUGCCCGUCGGGACGUUUUCCAGUCGCACUUUAACCGCCGUCCCACGUCUGACGGGCAGCUUUUGUCUCGUCACUUCUGGUGUUUCUGAUGCAGAAUAAUCAGAUUUUUGUAUGUGUUUUUGUGUUUUUUAAAUGGGUGAACACUUAUUUUCUACGGUGCUGGUUUUUUACUGAACAAAUAAAUUAUUGAGA